GGGGCGGGGUUCGAGGCCGACGAGAGAAGGAAGAGGGCGUUUCCGGAGCACGCGCCCGCCGGGCGAGGGCCGGUGACGUCGAGCACGGGAACGAGCGCGCGCCCCCGGGGCUCGCUCCCGCUCCCGCUCCUCCUCCUUCUCGCCACCCCCCUCCGGUGCCGAGGUCUGGGCCGGGUCCAGCGGCGGAGGGCCCUAGGAGGAGCCCGAGGAGGGCAUCGGCCGCCUCUGCAGCGCUGCCCUCUUCCACCUUGGCAUGUGUCGGGCAGCAUCUUGCAGUUCCCAGAGGGAUGGAGCCCUGCCCCCAAAGGCAGGGGUGUGGUCCCUGAGGCCUCGGGCGGCCACCUGCUAGCCUGACCUUCCUCUGAUUCAUCCUCUUCGUCAGCCUGAGGAGAUGGAAGAAAAAGAGAGAUGCGGCCAGGCCCCCUCAGCACUCUUCAGCUGAAGUUCCCUGGUUCCCUGGUUCCCCGAAGCAAGGAAGACGGGACGAUGGUCCUGGGUUUUGAACAUUUUUUCGGUGUCCAGCACUUUACCAGUAGAGAUAAUGGCAAAAUAAACUGAGGCAUAAAGAGUUGUUUUCUACUGAAAACAGGAUUUUUUGGAGGUUUUUGUUACUGCUGCUGUUUCCAGCCUCCGGUCUGAGAUAGAUCAUGGCCCCUAGAGACUGAGGUGAACCCCACCAACCCCGGAAAGACCCAGGAGGCUGCAUUCCUCCUUGGAGGGGAAGGGUGGGGAGCUUCUGAGGCCGCCUCUCCCCGGAAAAUAAAAACAUGAGUUGCAUGCCAUGGAGAGGUGACAAGACCAAGUCAGAAUCAUUGGACUCGCCCCAGCCAGCGCCCCCCCAGAUCUACCAUGAGAAGCAGCGUCGAGAGCUGUGCGCCCUCCACGCGCUCAACAACGUCUUCCAAGACAGCAGUGCUUUCACCCGGGAAACGCUACAGGAGAUUUUCCAGAGGCUGUCUCCAAAUACCAUGGUGACGCCCCACAAGAAGAGCAUGCUGGGAAAUGGGAACUACGAUGUGAACGUCAUCAUGGCAGCCCUUCAGACCAAAGGCUACGAAGCGGUUUGGUGGGACAAACGAAGGGAUGUCGGUGUCAUUGCCCUCUCUAACGUCAUGGGCUUCAUCAUGAAUCUCCCCUCUAGCCUCUGCUGGGGUCCAUUGAAGCUUCCGCUCAAAAGGCAGCAUUGGAUCUGUGUCCGAGAGGUGGGAGGCACCUACUACAACCUUGACUCCAAGCUCAAGGUGCCUGAGUGGAUUGGAGGCGAGAGUGAGCUCAGGAAAUUUUUGAAACAUCAGCUCCGAGGAAAGAACUGUGAGUUGCUCCUUGUGGUCCCAGAAGAAGUGGAGGCCCACCAGAGUUGGAGAGCAGAUGUCUAAUAGAGCUCGCUUUUCUUUCUCUCUCUUCCUCCCUGCCUCCCCCCUCCCCGAGAGCCUUUGUUGUCUCAUGGCCUCUGUCACCAUAGGUCUCUCUCUCUCUCCUGCCCCCACAUCUUUUUGGGUUUGUCCUUCCCAGACUUGACAAUGCAGUAGGUCAGCUGGGAGGACGGCCGCUCGUUGCUGGAGAAGGAAGUGAGGAUGUGGUCCAAGUUUCUUGGAGCUUGCUCUCAGAGCAGAGGCGGAGAAAGGAAGGUCCUAGCAUUGACUUUCUCUUUCCUUAUAGAGGUCACAUACUGGACUUGACCCAACCCUUGCUGGAGUUAACCACCUGCUGCCCCCGAUUUGGAGAUGCUGCCUCCACUUUCCCUUUCCUGUCACACUAAUGAAGCCCAGAUGACUGGCUUGGAGGGCCAAAAGCAUAGGGGUCUCUCAGGAAAUCAUUUUCAUAACCUUACUUAGCAAUGGUACAGCAUGCUGAAUGACUCCAACCCUCAGCCCCACCUUAACUGAGAAUAUAUCUCUAAAGGAAAGGGGCCGGCCUGUUUUUCAAAAGGAAAAUUUCUUUAAAUUGGGCAUUAGUUGAAUUCUGCCAUGUUUAGGAAGGGCAAGGGUGGGCUAGCUACCGGUACACUAAGUGAGGGCAUGGCCUGGCCUUUCGGGUGGCUUGUCUUAGGAAGUCCCCACCAUUUCACUACAGGGUGUGGAAGCUUCAGGGGAAGGACAUUGUAGUAGGAAGGGAAGUGGAUGUCUUCAACUUCGCCCCCAAGUGUCUGAAUGAGUUGAGAACAUUCUUUUAUAAAGGGAUUCUAGUAGUUGAGGACUGGAACAACAUGGAAGGUGGACUGGGAGCAGAGGCAGCUCCAAGAGCCAGAGCCCUCAAAUUGGGUGGCGUGAGCUUUGUGGAACGUGGCCUUUGACAAGUUAGCUCAGGAAUGACCUUUAUCUGUCAGCUGACAGCCCUUUUCAGGUGGCCACUUUCCUCUCAUAACUCUGGAAUAUGAAAGAGCAGAAGGCAUGGUGACUGAAUGGAAUCUGAGCAGCUGUGGCUCCCUUAGAAAUGAAGGCACCGGGGUGGCUGUUUGGCUGUUGUUGACGACGGUGCUGACGGUUAGGCUACAGGGCCACACUGGGCAGACUUCUCUCUGGCAGCAGAAUCAGGACCGUAGGACGAGCCUGAGCAGGUCUAGCUGGCCUGCCCCCUCAGAAGCUUUCUCCCACCUGUGACUGGAGCGCAUGUUUACACCAGCACUCUUCUGCACUUACCUACAAUCCAACAAGGCCAUUUCUUAAUGCUGAAUGAUGGCGGCCAGAAAGCAGUUCCUGCAUCAUCCCCUCCCAGCACCUGGUCGCAACAUCUCCUGCACUGUUUUCCACACUAGACUUGCUGCUCCCCCUUGGCCCCUUGAGGAGCUCUUUACCCCUGCCAGAUGACAUUCCAUUCACCACCACCAGCCAGAAGAUCCAGCCAACUUUGGUGGGCCUGUAGGAGGGACUGUGUCCAUGACAGCAAGCCAUUUCUUGGGAAGGAAGCUGCUUAGUUCCAUGCAAAUGGCACAAGAGGCCUCAUGCACAUGGAGUCCACAAGCCAAUGGAAUAUGCAAAGACGCUUUACAAACAUUUCAGGGCUGGUUUCUCUGUUCAUAUCCAACUCUGGUGCUCAGGAACAGGGACCCACGCUGAUGCCCGAGGGCAUGGAGACCCCUAUCUCUCCAAGAAAUGGGGUCCCCAGCCCUAUUGCCCAUCAGUGGGCAACCCGAGGCUGUUUAUUUUUCUUGCUUCCCUUCCUCCCUUUUGUUGGCCUUGUGCUGGGUUUGUUUACAGAGGAUGUAUUUUGUUUAACCAAAUAUUAAAAAAAAGGAAAACUCUCCACAUAUAAAUCCCAUUUCUCGUCUGUCUGCCUGAGUUCUGUAAUUAAGUAUGUAAAAGGAAAAAAAAUAAACCCUUUUCUUUA